GACCCGACCACGCGAAGCAUCCAGCUUCGCUCAAGUCUGCUCGCCACUGCCACCCUCCAUGCCCCACCACCACCUCGCCGCCUCGAGGCCAGAACCCUAGCCAGCCCCCAAUGCCGCCCCACCGCCUCCUCCCCCUCCUCGUCCUGCUCCUCGCCGCCUCCGGCGCCGCCGCAGCCGCAGCCGGGGGGAACGCCACGUCGGCGCCGCUCGCCUGCUCCGAGCUCUCGCGCGUCUGCACGGCCUUCCUCGCGUUCCCGGCCGCCGGCGCGGGGGCCGCCAAUGCCACCCUGCUCGAGUCCAUGUUCGACGCUGCGCCGGGGGACAUCACCGCCGACGCCGCGGCCAGCCCCGGGUACGCCUUCGUGCGCAAGAACUGCUCCUGCCUCCCGUCGCGCACCUACCUCGCCAACACCACCUACACCAUCCCCUCCUCGGCGGCGGCCUCGGGGGCGCCUAACGCCACCGCGGCCGAUGUCGCGGCCGCGGCGUACGCGGGCCUCGCCGUACCGCCGCCGGGUGGGGCGGCGCAGCGGCCGCCGCGCCCCGGUGCCGUGGUGGCGCUCCACCUGCUCUGCGGCUGCUCGUCCGGCCCCUGGAACUACCUCCUCAGCUACGUCGGCGUCGACGGGGACACGGUGGAGUCGCUGUCGAGCAGGUUCGGGGCGAGCAUGGAUGCCAUCGAGGCUGCCAAUGCCAUGGCCGGCCCGGACCCCAUCACCGCCGGGAAGGUGUACUACAUCCCACUCAACUCAGUUCCUGGACAGGCAUAUGUUGCACUACCCCCUCCUCCUGCUCCUGCCCCAGCACCAACAGAUAACACAUUGCCAGAGACACCAGAUCACCAUUCAACCAAAUUUCCUUAUGGAUGGGUUAUUGGCAGUAUGGGAGUUGCACUUGCUUUAAUUGCUGUUGCUCUCCUUGCACUUGCCCUAUGGAAAUUCUUUGGACACAAUCUCCAAGAUCCUAAUAACCAGGGAAAGAGCCCAGACCAGCAUAAGUUUCAACUCCUUAAAAGUGGUAGUUUCUGUUAUGGUUCUGGAAGAUACUUGUGUUGCCAAUUUGGAAAUGCGAAGCCAACAAGAGCAGAUGGUGGUGAUCAUCAUACCAGUGUCCCCAAAGGUGUGGCAGCAGAUGUGUUUGAUAGGGAGAAGCCCAUUGUGUUUACAUAUGAGGAAAUACUCACAUCAACUGACUCAUUUUCUGAUGCAAAUCUUCUCGGUCAUGGUACAUAUGGUUCUGUCUAUUAUGGUGUUCUCCGGGACCAGGAGGUUGCGAUAAAGAGAAUGAUGGCCACUAAAACUAAAGAAUUUAUAGUGGAGAUGAAAGUUCUUUGUAAGGUUCAUCAUGCUAGUCUGGUAGAGUUGAUUGGCUAUGCAGCAAGUAAGGAUGAGCUUUUCCUGGUUUAUGAGUACUCCCAAAAUGGUUCACUCAAAAAUCAUCUACACGAUCCUGAAAGCAAGGGGUACUCAUCACUUUCAUGGAUCUUUAGAGUCCAGAUUGCACUUGAUGCUGCUAGAGGACUCGAAUACAUUCAUGAGCACACAAAGGAUCAUUAUGUUCAUAGAGACAUUAAAUCAAGUAAUAUCUUGCUUGAUGGUUCCUUCAGAGCAAAGAUUUCAGAUUUUGGCCUUGCAAAACUAGUAGUGAAAUCCAGUGAUGCAGAGGCUUCUGUCACUAAGGUUGUUGGUACUUUUGGCUAUCUGGCCCCUGAAUACCUGCGAGAUGGCCUGGCAACUACGAAGAGCGAUGUCUAUGCUUUCGGCAUAGUACUUUUUGAGCUAAUAUCUGGAAAGGAGGCGAUUACAAGAGCUGAAGGAAUGGGCACAAGCUCAACUGAAAGGCGCUCAUUGGCAUCAGUUAUGUUGACUGCUCUAAGGAAAUGUCCUAGUUCAAUGUAUAUGGGGAACCUGAAAGACUGCAUUGAUCGUAAUCUAAGGGACCUGUAUCCUCAUGACUGUGUGUACAAGAUGGCCAUGCUAGCGAAACAGUGCGUGGACGAAGACCCUGUUCUACGGCCCGACAUGAAGCAGGUGGUGAUCACACUCUCGCAAAUACUGCUGUCGUCCAUCGAGUGGGAGUCGACGCAGGCUGGGAACAGCCAAGUGUUCAGUGGUCUUGUGGCAGGGAGGUGAUCCGGCCACACUGGCCUGUGAUGUUGCUCUACGUGCUCUUCCCUACAUAUCUUACUGGUUCCUUGUCCAGUUGAGCAGUUUUUAGGUUUCUUUUCAGAGAAUAUCUACCAUAGUGCAUUAUAUUUCUUGGUGGGUGGUACAGUAUGUAGCUACGUAUGUAUACAGGAAUCUACCUUGCAAUCCAAUGUGUGAAUGUCACCAUGUGUCA